AGAGGCUUUCAGGAGGACUACGACAUCUAAAAUCCAAAAGCUCCAGAGUUUAAAUUGAAAUAAACAAGGAAAAUGGGGCUUGGAACAGGGAAUGAUAAGUACAAAUUGGCGGCAACUUCAGAGGAUGGAGCAAAAAUGCCAAAAAAAGGGAAAAAAAAGCAGAAGGACAUGGACGAUCUUAAAAAAGAAGUGGAUCUGGAUGACCAUAAGUUGACAAUGGAUGAGCUUCACCGCAAAUACGGCACUGACCUGACCAGGGGCUUGUCCUCUUCUCGUGCAAAGGAGAUCUUAGCUCGUGAUGGGCCCAAUGCCCUGACCCCACCUCCUACAACUCCAGAAUGGGUCAAGUUCUGUAAACAGCUCUUUGGUGGGUUCUCAACGCUGCUGUGGAUUGGUGCAAUCCUUUGUUUUCUGGCAUACGGUAUCCAGGCUGCCUCCGAAGAUGAACCUGCUAAUGACAAUCUUUACCUGGGAAUUGUGCUUGCUGCUGUUGUCAUAAUAACAGGAUGCUUCUCAUACUACCAAGAAGCCAAGAGCUCUAAAAUCAUGGAGUCUUUUAAGAACCUUGUUCCUCAGCAAGCCCUGGUUGUGCGUGAUGGAGAGAAAAAUAGUAUCAAUGCUGAGGAGGUAGUAGCUGGUGAUCUUGUGGAGGUCAAAGGUGGAGACAGAAUCCCAGCUGAUCUUCGUAUCAUCACUGCACAUGGAUGCAAGGUUGACAACUCUUCACUCACUGGUGAAUCUGAGCCCCAGACUCGUACUCCUGACUUCUCCAAUGAAAAUCCCCUGGAAACUAGAAACAUUGCAUUCUUUUCUACCAACUGUGUUGAAGGUACUGCCAGAGGGAUUGUCAUCAACACCGGUGACCGUACUGUCAUGGGUCGUAUCGCCACUCUUGCCUCUAGUCUGGAAGGUGGACAGACACCAAUUGCUAAAGAGAUUGAGCAUUUCAUCCACAUCAUCACUGGUGUGGCCGUCUUCCUGGGUGUCAGCUUCUUCAUUCUUUCCCUGAUUCUUGGAUAUGGGUGGUUGGAAGCUGUCAUCUUCCUGAUUGGAAUCAUUGUCGCUAAUGUACCUGAAGGACUCCUUGCCACUGUUACUGUGUGUCUAACUCUGACUGCCAAACGUAUGGCGAAGAAAAACUGCCUGGUGAAGAAUCUCGAAGCUGUGGAGACUCUUGGCUCAACCUCCACCAUUUGCUCUGACAAGACUGGAACUUUGACCCAGAACAGAAUGACCGUCGCUCACAUGUGGUUUGACAACCAGAUUCAUGAAGCAGACACCACAGAGAACCAGAGUGGAACCUCAUUUGACAGGAGCUCUCCAACUUGGUCUGCUCUUGCACGUGUUGCUGGCUUGUGCAACCGUGCAGUCUUCCUUGCUGAUCAAAACCAUGUGCCAAUCCUUAAGCGAGACACAGCUGGUGAUGCCUCAGAGUCUGCCCUGUUGAAGUGUAUUGAGCUGUGCUGUGGUUCAGUCACUGAAAUGAGAGAGAAGUACCCAAAGAUUGCUGAGAUCCCUUUCAACUCCACCAACAAGUAUCAGCUCUCAAUCCACAAGAAUCCCAAUUCCACAGAGUCUAAGCAUCUGCUGGUGAUGAAGGGAGCCCCUGAGAGAAUCUUGGAUCGAUGCUCCUCCAUUUUGAUUCAAGGAAAAGAACAGCUUUUGGACGAUGAAAUGAAAGAUUCAUUCCAAAAUGCUUAUGUAGAACUCGGAGGUCUUGGAGAAAGAGUGCUGGGUUUCUGCCACUUUAGCCUCCCUGAUGACCAAUUUCCUGAGGGUUUUGCAUUUGAUUCUGAAGAAGUGAACUUCCCAACUGAGAACCUGUGUUUUGUUGGCCUCAUAUCCAUGAUCGAUCCUCCUCGUGCAGCUGUACCAGAUGCUGUGGGCAAGUGCAGGAGUGCAGGAAUCAAGGUGUUGUUUCACCUUGAUUCAAGACUGAUGGCUUGAUUAUAUUUACUUAUUAUAUUAUACCAUGAAUCAGAUGAUCAAGCAUCUAUGUCUUCUAUCACAGGUUACUAGUGACCAUCCAAA